AUGGCUGGUUGGGGCGGCUGGGCACCAGGUGCCAGCAACAUCGGACAAUGGUUGCAGGUUUUGACAGGCAACACGGACAAGAACACACCUGUAACGAACCUACUGGACAACCCAUUUACUGCCCGUUAUGUGCGCUUCUACCCUCAGUCCUGGAAUAAUUACAUCGCCAUGAGGGUGGAGAUUCUAGGCUGCAACAUUACCAACAUUUGUCUUUUCUUCCCAGUCUGCCAGGAUCCGCUUGGGAUGGAAUCUGGUGCCAUACCUGAUGAGCGCCUCGCUACAAGCAAUUACGGAAACCCUAACGCAUAUCCUAAAUACGGGCGGUUAAAAGAGAUUCGUGCUUGGGGCGCCUGGACACCCGGGUUUCACAAUAUAGGGCAAUGGUUACAGGUUUUUACGGGCAACACAGACAGGAAGACACCUGUAACAAACCUUCUGGACAACCCUGUAGACGCCCGUUAUGUGCGCUUUUACCCGCAGACCUGGAAUAAUUGGAUUGCCAUGAGGGUGGAAAUUCUAGGCUGCAGCACUGAAUUCUGCCAGGAUCCGCUUGGAAUGGAAUCCGGUGCCAUACCGGAUGACAGCAUCACUGCAUUGUCAGUCGGGCAUCACAAUUUGCUACUCCCCUACUUCGGGAGGUUAAAAGGAACUGCUGGUUGGGGCGGCUGGGGAGCAGGGGUCCAGAUCAUCGGGCAAUGGUUGCAGGUUUUUGCAGCCAAUACGGACACGGAGACACAUGUAACAAACCUACUGGACAACCCUGUAGACGCCCGUUAUAUCCGCUUCUACCCUCAGUCCUGGCAUAUUCGCAUCGCUAUGAGGGUGGAGAUUUUAGGCUGCGGCACUGAGUUCGUCGGGAAUCUUCCGAUCUCGCGCUACACGCUCCGCUACCAGCCGACAGACGGGUCGGGCUCGUACCAGGACCUCUCCCCCGCACCAGGAGCGGGAGACACCUCGGCAACCGUGCUAGGACUCUUGGAUCACACAGAAUACACCCUCACGCUGACUUCUUUUGACUGGGAUGAUCAGCCAAACGGAGUCAUCAACGGGACAUACACGACAGUCUGCCAGUAUCCGCUUGGGAUGGAAUCUGGUGCCAUACCUGAUGGCAGCAUCACCGCAUCUUCAAUCGGGCAUCACAAUUUGCUACUCCCCUACUUCGGGAGGUUAAAAGGAACUGCUGGUUGGGGUGGCUGGGGAGCAGGGUAUUUCCUCAUCGGAGAAUGGUUGCAGGUGGAUUUAGGGGUGAUAAAGAGCGUCACGGGCACAAUUACUCAGGGUGCCUCCUUUCCUGUUUAUAAUCACUAUACAUGGGUAACGUCAUACAAACUUGAGUACAGUGGAGAUGCAACUUUUUGGACGACAUAUGCCGACAGUGAUGGCUCAGAUAAGGUUUUUACAGGUAACACGGACGAGAAGAAUCCUGUAACGAACCUACUGGACAACCCUGUAGACGCCCGUUAUGUGCGCUUCUACCCUCAGUCCUGGCAUGGUCGUCCCACUAUGAGGGUGGAGAUUUUAGGCUGCGGCACUGAGUUGCUCUGGGGACUUACCCUCAAUGAUGCCGGGAUGAGUCAUCUUAACGUGUCCUGGACAGUCGUGGGGAAUCUUCCCAUCUCGCGCUACACGCUCCGCUACCAGCCGACAGACGGGUCGGGCUCGUACCAGGACCUCUCCCCCGCACCAGGAGCGGGAGCCACCUCGGCAACAGUGCAGGGACUGCUGGCCCACACGGAAUACACCCUCACGCUGACUUCUUUUGACUGGGAUGAUCAGCCAAACGGAGUCAUCAACGGGACAUUCACGACAGUCUGCCAGUAUCCGCUUGGGAUGGAAUCUGGUGCCAUACCGGAUGACAGCAUCACUGCAUCUUCAAUCGGGCAUCACAAUGGGCUACUGCCCUACUUCGCGCGGUUAAAGGGAACUGUUGGUUGGGGCGGCUGGGGAGCAGGGAUCCAGAUCAUCGGGCAAUGGUUGCAGGUGGAUUUAGGAGUGAUAAAGAGCGUCACGGGCACAGUUACUCAGGGUGCCUCCUUUCCUGUUUAUAAUCAAUAUACAUGGGUAACGUCAUACAAGCUGGGGUACAGUGGAGAUGCAACGUUUUGGACGACAUAUGCCGACAGUGAUGGCUCAGAUAAGGUUUUUACAGCCAACACAGACAGGAAGACACCUGUAACAAACCUACUGGACAACCCUGUCGACGCCCGUUAUGUGCGUUUCUACCCUCAGUCCUGGCAUAUUCGCAUCGCUAUGAGGGUGGAGAUUAUAGGCUGCAACACUGACAGUAGGAGUAUUUUUGUUGCCUUUGAUAGAGUCUAG